CUUUAAGAAUUUGCGAAAAAAAAAAAAAAGAAUCCUAAUUCCUACCUUUGUACCAUUACGGCAUUACCAAUUUUCAAAGUUCAAAGUCAAUGGGUUGAAAUUGAAUGGCUUCUUUUGUUAAUCACAGUUUUCUACCUCCUCGUAUUUCCUCUUUUUCCAUCUUCAAACACCCAAAACUUGCAAACAUUUCCCACUUCUCUCGUUCACCAAACCAAUUUCAUCAUUUUCUCAAGAACAUACAAGUUAACGGUAGAUUUAUGGCGAACUCAUCUGCUAAUUCAAUAGGAAAGAAACUUAUAAAAAUCGAUGUCAGUUCAGAUAGUGUUUGUCCAUGGUGCUUUGUGGGAAAAAGAAACCUAGACAAAGCUAUUUCUGAAUCAAAAGAUCAGUUUGAUUUUGAGAUCAGGUGGCACCCUUUCUUCCUCAAUCCCUCCGCUCCGAAAGAGGGUGUGAACAAGCGAGAUUUUUACAGGCAAAAGUUUGGUUAUCGGUCUGAGCAAAUCAUAGCACGAAUGACAGAUGUGUACAGGGGGCUUGGACUGGAAUAUAACAUAGACGGACUUACGGGAAGCACUUUGGAUAGCCACAGGCUUAUAUACUAUGCGGGCCAACAAGGGCUUGAUAAGCAACAUGAACUUGUUGAAGAGCUGUUUUUGGGCUACUUCACGGAGGCAAAGUACAUAGGAGAUCGGGAGUUCCUUGUGGAAUCUGCUAAAAAGGUUGGAAUUGAAGGAGCUGCUGAGUUUCUAGAGGAUCCAAAUAAUGGUCUUAAGGAGGUGAUGGAAGAGCUCGAGAAACACUCAUCGAAUAUUAGUGGUGUCCCAUACUUUGUGAUCAAUGGCCAGUAUAAACUGAACGGUGGACAGCCGCCUGAGGUUUUCACGAAAGCUUUCAAACUCGCGGCAAACUAACUCCUUUGUGGUCUUCUCAUACGCUCGUAUAUAGUUUCUCAUAUAGAUGUGUGUAUGAUAGAUUGGCAAUGAGGAUGGCUAGGUAUACCCGUCGGGUAUAUUAUCAACCUCUAAUAUAUAAAUAAGUAUGUUGUUAAAGUCGGGUAUCGUUAUUAACUGAUCUCAUAUUUUUUGGAUUAAGGCUUUAACAUUUCUAUUUGGGAUGGGUUAUUGGGAAUACUUUUAACUUUUUUACAUUGUAAUCAUUGUAUGAUAUUAACAUUUUGUUGCAUGUUAUCUUCGUCUCUUUGUUGGUGAAUAAUUGGUGGUUUGUUGUUGUUUA